AAUAUGUCAAACCAGACCACCAUGAGGGAAUUCAUUCUCUUGGGUCUGACUGACCACCGUGGCCUUGAAAUCUUCAUUUUUCUGUUGCUGUUCAGCACAUAUCUGUUGACCGUCAUGGGAAAUGUGGUGAUUAUUACAAUCACACUGGUGGAUCACCAUCUCUACACCCCAAUGUAUUUCUUUCUCCGUCAUGUUGCAUUUGUAGAUAUCGGGUACACCACCACCAUCAUUCCCAACACAUUAAUCAACAUGGCUUUGGGACAGAGGACGAUCACGUUACCUGGAUGCUUCAUGCAGUUCUUUUUGUACUUUGGCCUGGGUACCACAGCACUCUUUCUGUUGGCUGUGAUGGCCUUUGACAGAUAUCUGGCCAUCUGCAAACCUCUUCACUAUUCAUCCAUAAUGAAUGGGCAAAUCUGCUCUUUGCUGGUGCUUUGCUGUUGGAUUGGAGGUUUUCUGGUAAUUCUGGGUCCAACAAUGCCAUUAUUUCAGAUGCCUUUUUGUGGCCCAAAUAUCAUCAACCAUUUUUUCUGUGACAAUGGACCUUUAAUCAAACUUGUUUGUGCCGACACCACUCUGCUAGAACUCAUUGAUUUCAUUAUUGCUGCACUGUGUCUCAUUGGGACUUUGCUUGUAAACCUUGUGUCCUACAUCCAUAUUAUUUCCAGUAUCAUGCGCAUCCCGUCAACUACAGGAAGGCAGAAGACCUUCUCUACUUGUUCCUCCCACCUCAUUGUGGUCUCUAUCACUUAUGGCAGUUGCAUUUUCAUGUAUGUAAUGCCAAACAACACCAGUAAAUUAGAGUUUGGCAAGUUGGUGGCUGUACUUAAUACUAUUGUAUCACCUCUUCUGGUCCCAUUUGUUUAUUGCCUAAGGAACAAACAAGUGAAGGAUGCUUUAAGAGGAGUAUUUAGACAAGGUGUUGAGUUUUGGAAGAACUCAUGA